CCAUUGAGGUUGUACGCGAUUGAUUGUACGUGGGGUCUGUGCCGGAGACGCUUCGCGCUGACGCUCACGUCGACGACACUGUCGAAGUUGCGGUAACUGAACGGAGAUUUUCGCGAGAUUACGGUUGGUGGAGUUUUCCUCUCGAUUUUGACGGGGGUUGGGGCUCCCGUGGGGUAGCUGCGAAUGCGAAACUUGGUGGCGAUUUUCAUUCAGCUCAGUCGCACGGCGAUCUGAGACUCAAACCGAUCGGUAUCAAGCGGGAACGCGACCAAGCCGGGAAGUCGGGAUACCUCCAAGGACUUUGAAUUCGUGACGAAAAUCUUAGCCAGCGUUUUUUGCAAUAAUUCCGAAUGUUUCGAUAGAGCUCGUUGCAGUUGGGACAGUCUUGGGAUUGGGGAAUUAUUUCCUUUUCCGUUAACGGACCGGCGUUGCUGCGACUCUGCGGGAAUUGAAAAAUCGUGUCCUUCACGCGAAAUCUCACUCAACCAUUUAGGAUAUGCGAGGGAUAUUCGGGGGACGUGAUCCUUAGCUGGAAGUCCAGGUGGCGGGUUCCUUCUACGCCGAAAUUGGAUCCGAAUUGCGCAACAGCCACACGUGGAGGGUGUUCUCCAGAGCGAACGCCGGUCGUUCACCUGCCAAUCAAACGUAUCUCUGUUUGGCCACUCGGCAAUUCGCACUUGUUAUGAGUUUGAUAAUUUCGUAAUCAGCCAAGAGACCUGUACUUUCGGCAGAGCGUUCACCUUUUUCUGUUUUGAGUGCUUUCAGGGGAGGCCUAGGACGUCGCACGUAGUAGGUUACGGCCCAAGUCCAGGAGCCCUGUUUGGCUGAAGGAAUACUUGCGGCAGAGUUGUUGGUUUGGCAGCCCAGUAAGGCUGCUUCCCAGGCGGAUAGUAAGGUCAGGAAAUUCCAAAAGGACAUUUUUCAAUUCAAAGUGGAUUGUCUGAGCAUUUUCCGGGUUUCAUGGAUUUUUUUUUCGUCUCGCAGCAUUUGGGGUGUAAGAGCUGGAUCUUGUCUGCUGAACUAGGAUUCAUUCUGCCAACUCUGUUUAGUGUCCUGGAUUUCCCGUUGCUUCGAUACUGACGGAGUUCGCAGUUUUCUUUUUGAGCCGCAGACCUGUUUGAUGUUGAGAAGUGGAAGCGUUUCUUCUAUGCAUUUGCAUAUUUCUGAAUAAGGACAAGUUCCCGAAGAGUCCUUGGUAGGCCAGCUGUUUCUUCUAGGUCUGUAGAAGCCCCGCGACUAAUUUGGAGGAUCCGAAGGGAGUCCAACUUCCCGUACUUGAAAAUUUUUCGAUAGAAUUUUUUCUUCUAUAUCUGAGGGUCCUGCUGGGACUGAUGAAAUGUAUUCGGUUUUUGAAUAGAUUGAGGAGUGGACCGCCAGCAUCAUAGCAGCUGACACUAGUGACAGGACUCAGCUCCACAAGGCCUUCCGUGGGGUGGACACCCCAGUCAUCCGCAAUUUUCGAACUUCUGCACAGCCGUACCUGGAGGAAGAUCAGAAAUCGAAAGUGGGUGGUGAAACCACGAUGUCGCGAAAACGUCGCCGCCGAUGGUAGUCCGACAAAUCUGGGACAUCCGCGGAAGAUAGAAAUCGCGACAAAUGUCGCUUUCGUUGCAAAUUUCCCAUUGAGUUUUCCUGAUCGGCGACUGGGACGAGGUUUUCCGCGAGCAGAACGUUGCAGUUGCCGGUCGGAUGCGUGCGACACACCGCACCGGUCCACGGCCAGUGCAGCAGCCAGUGUUGGGCGGCCGUUCGCCCGUCAAGUGCGUUUUGGGCCAAGCGUCGGAGCGAGCGUGUGUGGAAAAGGUUCUUCAGUGCGUGCUUGAUUGCGUGCGUAAGCGGACGAGAUCGUUGGACGGAAACUAAAAGAGGACGAAGUGACACGAUUUGCGAGCGACUGACAAAAAAGUGCCCCCACCACGCUACCACCCCAACCCCGAAAAUCAGACCGCGAGAAAACAGAAAAAUUACCCGAACGGCCGGUUGCCCCCUCGCGCGCAGAACGACUCAAAAAAUUUUCCUCUUUUCCGUCCGUUUUUCAACUCUCAUUUUUGCCACUCAAGCGAAUUGUUUUAUGUAACAGGAUCACGUUGAAAAAGUGCAAGAGAAAGUUAUGCAAAAAACGGUGUCGAGAAAUCCUGAGAAAAUCAGUUGAAAAUUGAAAAAAAAGUGAAAAAUAGUUGAAAAUCAAAAAAAUAUGAAUGAAAAGUGCACGGAAGAACUUCCGAGGCCAGCGGAGGAUGCUGCAAUCGAGAAAUUAUGUAAAGUGUCGUUCCCCCCCGCCAAUGUGUGUUGAUAUUGAGUGAGUGUUGCCAAAAAUUCCAAAGUAUACCUGCGGGACCAGCCGUGACAGGCAUUUUGUCCAGUCUCUCAAACAAACAAUAUGAAAUCAUGCAAUAGCCCCGAGAAAGCCAUAAAACCAAGAAAACCACCGGUCGCGGGCGCACGACCGCUUUUUGCUGCGCCUCCCAUCAGCGAAAUGAUCUUUUUCUUUCAACGGACCAGAUUUGGCUUUUUUCCACUGUAUCAAUCCCGAGGAAUUCUGCGAUAGCUUUCUGCUGUUCUAUUGCAAAAAACCGACCAUUUCUGAAUAUCGAAUACUUCAUAUGCGUUUUUUCUAAAGGAGAUAAUAUUCACACUCAUUGGAAAAGCUAUAACCUUCGAGAAGCUUUAUAUAGCAGACGAAUAAAGUUCUCAAGAAGUUAUGAUUAAAGAAGAGAAAUCAAACAUUUCGAAGAAAAUUGAUCUGAAAGAAACAACCUGAAUACACAUAAAAAAAGCAAACAGUGAAAGUAGAAAGCGCAGAAAGCAUUGAAAUUGAGAGGCGACUGAAAAUUAUAUGAUUCAAUACUUCACCAGUCACGUGCAGAUGCUAUAAACAUUGCCUUUUCGGAAACUAUGGCUCAUGGAAUUGUUCACUAUUUACUACAACCACGUGAUCACCGACCGAAACGAUACAGAAGGCAUCAUCAAAUGGUGACCUAAGAUGCUUUAGUUUCCGCACAAAAUCCAAACGUUAAAAUCCUGUAAAAAGUUUAACAUCACAUUAUUCAUUACUGCAAAGAUUCAUCCCAUCAUUUGAGGUCAAAGUUCCCUUAACGUGAUCACUUUCAUGAUCACAAUCUAAAUAUAUUUUUUUCUAAUUUGCAUAGAGUGCGAAGCGUUAUUUAUAAAUAUUGCGUAAAGGAAAGCAUAGUGAAAGUCAAGUUAGUAUCUAAUCUUGAAUUCAGGAAAUACAUUUUUUGAAGGUGGAGGGUUGUUCAUGCCGAGGAGCCGACUAAGGUGGAGGGCCCUAGCCGUGCUGGGCGCCCUCCUAUCGGUCAUGAUCGAUUGGCCGAUCGGUUUCGCCAUGCCAGCCGCCGGUGGCAGUCAACUACCCCUAAUGACUAAUGCCAAGCCGUAUGCAAGGUUCUCUUGCAUGAAUUGCAGUUCAUCUGGAACUUUCAAUCUAACGAAUAGUGAUCGUUUCGCUGCUAAUGAUCGUGGCAGCGCUAGUUUUAGCAAUAGUAAUAACAGCAGCGGCAACAGUGGUAGUGAUAGUGGAACGAGUACAAACAACAAUAGUAAACGAAGUUCAAAAUCCGAUCGGGCUAACGAAGCCAUGAUCAUGCCAUCUACAACCCUCUCGACAAUCGAAAAGGGUAUCAUAUCAAAUUCAAAUCGAUCGAUACCACCUGAGAGAUUGAUGCGUGUCUAUAAUAAGCGGAAGCGUAAAAAAUUAACCGUGGCACGCGUGACUGCUGAUCUACUCCGUAGUAUCCGAACGCACAACAAUCAUAGUCUUAGUAGUGAUGUGAAUAAUUUAAUAAAUCAUAAUUUUAAUAAUAUUAGUGAAAGUUUAAUCGUAAAUAAUAAUGAUAGUGAUGAGUCAAGCAAUAAUUAUAAUCCUAGUGUUGAUCCUACUACAACAAUGCAUGCCAUAUUGGGUGUUACCGAGGACUCGUUGAUAACAUCCACCGAAACGCCUGUAACGCUGCAGCAUUUGUCACGGACUGAUCGUAGUGUUCACCAACAGCACACCUACCGUCGCGUAAAGGUGAAUAAUGGCUUCAGUAAUAAUAGUAGUAGCAACGACACAAAUUUGGAUCGUAACGAACGUUCGGCAAAUUUAUCACAUAUUUCCGGACCGGCGAGAAAAAUCCAAUUGUUCAUCAAAAAUCGCUGGAUACAGAUGCUGCCCGAUGGUACAAUUAACGGAACGCAGGACGAUAGUAGUGAUUACACAAUUCUGCAACGUACCACGGUCAACGUCGGGCAAAUAAAAAUUCAAGGUGUCGCCACAUGCUUAUUUCUGUGCAUGGAUCAAUGUGGUGCUGUCUAUGGUUCGAAGGCGUUCACCGACGAUUGUGUCUUCAACGAAUCAAUGGAACAGCACCACUACAACACAUACUCAUCUACCUACAAUUCAAAUUCCCGCCGUACUCUCUACUUAGCAUUAAAUCGACAUGGUGUACCGCGAAAACUCCAAAUACCGCCCAGUAGACCGCUCGGCAAACUGGCCACCUACACGAAAGCCAUGACUUCAAUUGUUGAAGAGGAUCGUGUGGAAAAGCUAAUUGCCCGAACGUUUGGAGCGAAUCGGGUCAAGCAUGGUCUGCGCCAGCUCUGUGAUGCUGGCAAGCCACUAAUUGAACUGACUGCGAAGGUUCUCAGGACGCGACCAAAGUGCAAUUUACUCAAUAAUUCAAGUGGUCAGACCGCGGCGGCGACGGCAGUUGCUGGUGACAAGCUAACUAGGAUAGGCAGUAGUAGUAAUGUCAAUAGUAGUAAUAGCCAUAGUAGUAGUAAUAAUAAUAACGGUAAUGCACGGAAAAAGAAAAAGAAGCGACGAUGUCGACCGAAUGAGAAUGAACAAGAGCACAACUGCCAUCGCCCUGGGCCCCAGGCCUUGAGAAAGCGCGCUCAAAAUCGAAAAUGUCUGCCCACACAGACAGCCGAGGAGUGUGCACUGGCGCGAAAGAAAGGUGGCAAAAAGCACAACAAAGGUGCACACCAUAAAAAGCGGAAGAAUAAUGGUGCGGCGGGAAACAAUCGAAGAGCGAAGGCUCAAUCAUCGACAAAAAACACAUUGACAACAACAACAGCAUCAUCAACAACCCUUUCGACAACACCUCAGACUACAAGUAGCCGCGAGAUAGAAACAUCGACAACCACAACAACAACGACAGUAACAACAUCCCCGAGAGUAGCCAGGACCCAAAGUAUUCGUCAGCAACUGGGAGCUGCUUUCAGUCAAGAGGAGACAGUUAGCACCGAAGACAGCCAACAGCUCCAUAUGCAAUCAUCCACGGAAGUGCAUGAGGGUAGCGAACCAGUUGGUAAUGACGACGAGGAUUCCAGUUUAUCCGCGUUGGGCGGUCAAGCUCAAUUGGUGAAUGGCGACGAUUUCCUGUAUGAUGACGAUUUUGAUGUCUUCAAGUUGCGACUAUGGCGAAUAGUAAUUUUAUUCUGGAUAAGUGUUUGGUCCUUGCGUGUAUUAUCCUGAGCUUUUUAACUAUUGCAAAUCCGUCCUGCCAAGCAUGUAUCAUGUUAUGUCAAUUCCCACAGUAGUUGAAAGAAUGAUCCACCACCACAAUCACCACUCAGCACAUUCACACAUUCACUGGAUUGUAUGCAAAGAAAAGAAAGAGGAAAACCAAAAACAAAGAAAAUAUCUAAGAAAACAGAAUCAUUUCGAUUGAUUGACGAAUAACGAAAGAAAGGAAGAAAAUUCUUUGAUGAAAUCAAAAGAAACCGAAAACUGUUCAUCUUUCAGUUUCACGAAAUCUUUGAAUUUCAAACGACCUGCCAGAAUCCAAGUGUCAAAUGCUGGAACCAUCUGAACCUCACAUAUCCCCUGGAUAGGUAUAAACACCAUUUUUAUUUCCUAACUCUUUCUUUACGUUCUGGUUGGUUUUCCUAGUACUGUUCGGUUUUAUUUUGUAUGUGGAUUUGCCAAUCGCUGGAUGAAUAAAAAGAAUGAAUUGAAUUCCAUCUUACUUAGCAAGAAAUGCAUGAUGAACUGCUUGCUGCAUGACUUAGUUGCUGAUGACGACUAAGAUAAGACCAUAUUUUUUAGAAUAGAGUUUGCGGUUUUCUUUAGAGUAUAUGUUGGUGUUUUAGCGUAAGCGUUCGGUGAAAUUAUAAACACUUGUUUCAGGACAUCCCUAAAGACUUGGGUAGCUCUCGGACGAAUUUCGGAAACGGUAAAUGCAGUUAAAGAGACCAUCUCGACGGAAAGGACAAAAAGUCUUGAUUUUUAAAAACAGGGCUCCUCCUCCUGGCACUAAAACCACUUUGGAUGUUUUACAUAUUUCACAGAAUUAAAGGAAAGGUCCAUACUCAUGCUUUCAUGUGUUCCGAAAAAUCCAUAACUACAAAUUUUGCUUCACAUUGACGUAGAUUUGCUACUGCCUCCUUUACGAUAAAAUAUUGAUAUUAGGCUCACUCAAGGGAGCCAUUUUGGUGGUUUUAGGUUACAUUCAGAGGGGAAACUGCGUUAAAGAAAAUGGAAAACCCGCUUCCGAAAUUCGUUUGGAAAUUAAAUUCAGUCCCAGCACUAGGCGCAAUCCACCAUACUAACUUUGGGGGAAAGGAUACACUCUUCUCACACAAAUACACCAAAUUGGUGGUAGCAUCUUUCUCACACAUUUACUUCUAUAAAAGUCCUAUAAUAUGGUUAUAAUUUAUAAAGA